GAUAUUGUAACCAGGAUUUAGGCAGUCGUGUUAAGGCGACUAAAAUCAACAAACUAGAGAUUAUCAUCAGCAAGUUGUGAAGUAGACUCCACGUGCCAUAAAUAAGGCGAGGAGCAUGGUGGAACUGACACAUAGUGAGAGGAAGUGAGUAAAGUGAGGUGAAUGACGCCAUACGAGUGGGCAGAGGUCGCCAGGAGAAGAGCGAGUGGCCGCCAGAGUUACUCUCGGCUUCACUAUGAGUGAAGGAUCCGCACUGAUACAGUGGUGCUGCCUCCUCUUCUGUGUCAUUCUCUCAGGAUGUGUGUCAGAUUCUCCUUUAAGAGAGCCCAAACCUCAAGUAACCGAGAGUAACAAGAACAUGUCAUCACCAGGCAAUAACCUCACAGGUCCGGCACCAGCCACCUCCAGGCCUCCAACUAUGCCAGAAAACUGCUCGGAUCGUUCCAGUUGGCGUGGUCAGCGUGACUGUCCGAGCACUUCACCUUGUCAUAUGUUGGGAAGAGAAUGUCUAGACUGCAAUUUUAACUGCACUUGUAUUUAUGGUCAGGAAGUUAACGUUACCUGCCAGCCCAAAAAGGAGUAUAUUUGCGAGGGCAAGAAAGAGUUUAGAUUGGCAAUGGUGUGCAGAUACUGCUACCAGACAGCUUCCUGGGAGCACAGCUGCCUUGGCACUGAUCAGUGUCUAGCCGUAACUUCACCAAGAGAAACCUUUACUUCCAAUUGCACGGUGAAGAGUGAUGUGCUGUGCCUUGGCAACCGAGUGUUUCCCAAAAAAUUACCGUGCAAUUGGACCUCCGGAUACAAAUGGUCCACAGCAUUGUUGCUAUCCAUUACUCUUGGAGGUUUUGGGGCAGACAGAUUUUAUUUGGGCCACUGGCAAGAAGGAAUAGGGAAGUUAUUUAGUUUUGGUGGCCUGGGCGUGUGGACCAUCAUCGAUGUCAUUCUCAUCGCCAUCCGCUACCUGGGUCCAGCGGACGGCUCACUCUAUAUAUAAGGUUAUAUAGUGAUGUGAUGAUGGUACAGUUUUUGGGAUGGAGUAAGGCCAAGUGUUAUCUGUUGGUAUAGGUAGGUGUUAUAGAUAGAUGGCCCUCAUUGUAUGAAUGCUGUUGAAUGGACGUAGAUUCAAAACUCAUUACUACUGUAUUUCAGUUAUUUUUCAUUUGUACUUAUUUCAUCUAAUAUUGUGCAGUAUACAUUAUGUACAGUGCAUGUUAAUUAAGCUGCUGUCUCACCUCUCUAGUACAUGAAAUUUUUGUUCAAGUAUCAUUUCAGAAAAAUUAAUGUUUUAUAUUUCAUAAAUGGUAUGUGCCCAUAUUUGAAAAUACACAUUUAUAUAUUUAUAUAAAUUCAUGUUUGUAUACAGUAGUAUACAGUAAUUAAGCUUAAGUAUUUCUAUGUAUCUACUCGCCAUAAAAAUUACAUUUAUCAUACGUUUUUAAUCAUAUUGACCCAUUGUAGCAAAUUACAUCACCACCGUAAUAUAAUACUGUAUUCAUAUUUGCUUUAUAAAAAAUAAUUGCCCUAGAUAUUGAUAACGUAUGAAAAAAUUCACACCAGUAAGGAGAAAUAACUAAUAGUGUAAAAUCCUUUACGUGAGCAGAUAUGUGACUGAUGGCUCGUCUUACAAUUAUGAGAGUACAGUACUUACAGCAACAAUUAAAAAUAGACCGUUGGACCCAAAAAGGUUUUUGUAUUAAUAAAUUAACCCAAAGAGCAUACUAAAAAAAAUGGGAGUGACUAAAGAACAUAACCUAACCAAACCUGGCCUACGCCUAAUUGUACCUGUACCAUACUGGGCCUAUUUUUCUUUUGUUUUUUGCUUUCACAAUUUGUACUCUAAUUUUGUAGAAUAUUGUUGGUUGAAAUAGACCAUUUGUACACGAUCGGUCAGUAUUACGUUAUGAUUUUAUAAGCAUGCGUUGGUGCUAUAUGGUAUCACUAUAGGAGAAAAUCGGGGUAUACAUUGUUGACCUUUGGGGAAUUAUUUCACGGAAUACUUUUUGUUUUAAAAUAAAACAUGAUGAAUACCUGUAAAUUUUUGUAAUAAAACAAAAAUGUUUUAAAUAAUUAAAUUUGUACUUUUACCUGUCAGUGAUUACAGGCGAGUUAGAUCUAGCUCUUUAUACCCUCUCCUAGCCGUUUAUUCCUGGUACACUAAUUACGGCAUUAACAUUUUCAUCAUAUAUUUUUAGUUGUGGAUGGAAUUGACUUAAACAACCUGUUCCUUCAAUAAAUUCCACCUGUACAAGUAAAUAGAACUUCCUUACAUCUCUUUGACUUGGUUACAUGUCCAGCUUCCACCUGUUCCCAUGUCAUUUAAAUAGGCUAUGAAUAAUGUACAGCACUCUUAUUGCAGUAGUGACGAUAAUCAAAGGGUAAUUUAUGUUUUUAGCUCCCUAUUUGGCUGUGAAGCUAUGCAGAGUUUGCAGAGGGGUCAAGGAGUGUGGUUAGAUCAAAUUCAGAGGCAAGAAACAUAGGGCAACCAAGAUGAAUCCCAAGAGUUUAGCGUUACCCUUGUACAAAAAGUGGAUUUCCAGAGACAAUAGGGUGACAAGGAAUGACAUGCCUCAGAAUAAGGAGAGACCUUGAAGCCAUGAUUAGUACGACAAGUUAUCAAUGGCAACCUGGAGCUGGUAUAGGAGAUAAAGGAAUUUGCCUUGGCAACAGCAGUAAGAGAGAUUGUCAACAUAAAUGGCAGAAUAAAUGCCAUGGGGAAGGAAGAUCAUUUAAGGCUUGGGGGGGGGGGGGACAGUAGUGCUUAGACCACCACCUAUGAGAACAUCAUCAUAUUACUGCAAAGACAGAAAAAGCAGUAUCAAACCUCACUUGAACUUUUCUGCUGUGUGUAUCAUACAUGUAUGCUUUUGGGCUAACUGACUACACUGCAAGUCAUACCAGACUCAAAGAUGACCAUGUUGAAAACGUGUUUAAAAAUAAAACAAUGGCACGACUGUGAUGAAAGAAAAUAUUCAAUUGCAAGUAAUUUAGCAAGAAAAUUUCUGUUCACAUUUGGUUGUGGGGGUUUAAUGCUGCAAGUAAUUCAUUGUUAAACUAUUUUUAUUUAACCUGCCCCCCCCCCCCUCCUUGCAAACAUCUCUUGAGGUUAAAAUUAACCAAAUUAUCACCUCAAAACAAAUGGUGAUGUCUUUGCAGCAAAGCACAAGGGAUUGCAUUGAUAAUUUUAUUUUCCAGAAUCAAGUUAAAUUUAUUUCUAAAUGAGGUUGAGCUUGGGGCAUCUUAUUUUAUAAUUAAUCAUACAUUUUAUUGCACUCUUCAUACUAUAUUUAAACCUCAAAUUUCAAACGAAAACAAAAUUAAAACAAUUCUUACUUUUUUAUAUAUAAUUACUGUAAUUGUUUAUGACACUGGAUUUUUUUAAAACGAGUGAAUUUUCCAAGUGUAAAAAAAUAUAUUUUCUCCGAGUUUAUCUUCUGCUUUGAAUUUGAUGGCCCCCCUACCCUAUGAAAAGUAGGAAAUGGAAUGAUGAUAUAAUAAUUAUACAUUUUUUGUGUUUCCACGUUGGUUUUCAUAUUUGAGUGGGACUGCAAUGAAAAUAAGAUAUUCAACAACAGUUUAAUCUUCAAAAAUACUUAUCUGUCAUUCUCAUAGGCAUUGUUUGGAACACACUACCAUGGCCAAACAUGUGUAUAUUUACAUAAAACUUUGUCCACAAAAUUAAAGCCAUUCAUGUAA